AGGACCACUUCCGGCCAGGGGGGCGGGUUACAAGCUCAGACCUGAGGAGAGGCUUGGAGAGAGCAGACGUCCUCUCGGCUCACGAGGGCGAGGCUCGGCUAUUAGCCUUUCAGAAAGAUGGAUAGAAGAAAUGACCAUGGUCAUCGGGUGCCCACAUUCCAGGGCCCUCUGCCUCCCGCUGGGAGCCUAGGGCUUCCUUUCUCUCCAGAUGUACAGUCGGAGACCACAGAAAAGGACCCACCAAUUGCCAGCCGAUCUAAGAAAAACAAGAACAAGAAGAAUUCUAUUAAGCCUAUGGAUAAGACCACACCGGCUCCCCCUCCAGUCCCAUCUGCCAAUGAUAAUGCUAGCAACAAGCCUAAAGUAACUUUGCAGGCUUUAAACCUACCAAUGUUCACCCAGAUCAGUCAGGCUUCAGCUACUACUGAGGCACCCAAUAUCCAGGCUUCAGUUACUUCUCAGACCCAGAAAGCCAAGACAAUGAGAGUUACUCCCAAGGUAUCCCUAACUGGCAGUGAGGAUGCCACUACACAGCUGAAGCCACCAUUACAGGCCCUAAACCUACCAGUUACCACACCGACUAUCCAGACUCCAGUUGCCAAUGAGUCAGCUAAUUCCCUGGCCUCAACAGCUGUCAACAAAUCCAAGAAAGCUUCUACGGCAAACAAUGCUGCCAAUAAGACUGUACCUAGUGCUGCUGAGAUCUCAUUGGCUUCGGCUGCUACCCACACAGUUACUACCCAAGGCCAAGCUGCCAAGGAGACAGGUAGUAUCCAGACUAUAGCAGCCACUGCCCGAAGCAAGAAAAAUUCCAAAGGAAAAAGAACACCUGCUAAGACCACAAAUACUGACAAUGAAUAUGUAGAGGCCUCAAAUGCCAUUGAGGCAUCUAGCAGACAGAUUGGGGCAUCUGGCAGACAGACUGAGGCAUCUAACAGACAGAUUGAGGCAUCUAGCAGACAGACUGAGGCAUCUAACAGACAGACUGAGGCAUCUAGCAGACAGACUGAAGCAUCUAGCAGACAGACUGAAACAUCUAACAGACAGAUUGGGGCAUCUAACAGACAGAUCAUGGCAUCUAACAGACAGAUUGGGGCAUCUAACAGACAGAUUGAGGCAUCUAACAGACAGAUUGGGGCAUCUAACAGACAGACAGAGGUAUCUAGCAGACAGAUUGAGGCAUCUAACAGACAGAUUGGGGCAUCUAACAGACAAACUGAGGCAUCUAACAGACAGAUUGGGGCAUCUAACAGACAGACUGAGGCAUCUAACAGACAGAUUGGGGCAUCUAACAGACAGACUGAUGCAUCUAACAGACAGACUGAUGCAUCUAACAGACAGACUGAGGCAUCUAGCAGACAGACAGAGGCAUCUAGCAGACAGACAGAGGCAUCUAGCAGACAGACUGAGGCAUCUAGCAGACAAAUUGAGGCAUCAGCUGCAGCUGUGAGGCCCAAAAAGCCCAGGGGGAAGAAGGGUAACAAUAAAGGCUCAAAUUCUGCUUCUGAGCCCUCUGAGGCUCCACCUGCCAUUCAAACGGUUACAAACCAUGCCCUAUCUGUCACUGUACGGAUCAGGAGAGGGUCUAGGGCUCGAAAGGCUGCCAAUAAGAAUCGGGCAACUGAAAGCCAAGCUCAGAUCGCUGAACAAGGAGCUCAGGCCUCUGAGGCCAGCAUAAGUGCCCUGGAGACUCAGGUUGCUGCUGCUGUCCAGGCCUUGGCAGAUGACUAUCUGGCUCAGUUGAGUUUAGAACCCACGACCAGAACCCGGGGCAAGAGGAACCGAAAGUCUAAGCAUCCCAAUGGAGAAGAAAGAACUGGAAAUAAUUACAGGCGGAUCCCAUGGGGCAGGCGGCUUCCACCACCCCGAGAUGUGGCCAUUUUGCAGGAAAGGGCAAAUAAGUUGGUGAAAUAUCUGUUGGUUAAAGACCAGACAAAGAUCCCAAUCAAGCGCUCAGAUAUGCUGAAGGAUGUCAUCCAAGAAUAUGAGGACUAUUUCCCAGAGAUCAUUGAACGAGCAAGCUACGCUCUGGAGAAGAUGUUUCGAGUCAAUCUGAAGGAAAUUGAUAAGCAAAAUAACUUGUAUAUUCUUAUCAGCACUCAGGAGUCAUCUGCAGGCAUAAUGGGAACGACCAAGGACACACCUAAGCUGGGUCUCCUCAUGGUGAUUCUGAGUGUCAUUUUCAUGAAUGGCAACAAGGCCAGUGAGGCUGUCAUCUGGGAGGUGCUGCGCAAGUUGGGACUGCACCCUGGGGUAAAACAUUCACUCUUUGGAGAAGUGAAGAAACUCAUCACAGAUGAAUUUGUGAAGCAGAAAUAUCUGGAAUACAAGAGGGUCCCCAACAGCAGACCACCUGAGUAUGAAUUCUUCUGGGGCCUACGGUCUUACCAUGAGACUAGCAAGAUGAAAGUCCUGAAAUUUGCAUGCAAGGUACAGAAGAAAGAUCCCAAAGACUGGGCUGCUCAGUACCGCGAGGCAGUUGAGAUGGACAUUCAGGCUGCAGCUGUGGCUGUGGCUGAGGCUAAGGCCAGGGCUGAGGCAAGAGCCCAAAUGGGGAUUGGAGAGGAAGCUGUGGCUGGUCCCUGGAAUUGGGAUGACAUGGAUAUUAACUGCCUAACAAGGGAAGAGUUGGGUGAUGAUGCGCAGGCCUGGAGCAGAUUUUCCUUUGAAAUUGAACCCAGAGCCCAAGAAAAUGCAGAUCCUACCACUAAUGUCCUCUUCAACCAAGGAGCUACUACCAGAAAUAGCUUUAGUGAUGGUGCUGGUAUUAGCUUUGGUGGUAUAACCAACCCCAGUGGUGGCUUUGGUGGCAUAUCCAACCCCAGUGGUGGCUUUGGUGGCAUAUCCAACCCCAGUGGUGGCUUUGGUGGCAUAUCCAACCCCAGUGGUGGCUUUGGUGGCAUAUCCAACCCCAGUGGUGGCUUUGGUGGCAUAUCCAACCCCAGUGGUGGCUUUGGUGGCAUAUCCAACCCCAGUGGUGGCUUUGGUGGCAUAUCCAACCCCAGUGGUGGCUUUGGUGGCAUAUCCAAUCCCAGUGGUGGCUUUGGUGGCAUAUCCAACCCCAGUGGUGGCUUUGGUGGCAUAUCCAAUCCCAGUGGUGGCUUUGGUGGCAUAUCCAACCCCAGUGGUGGCUUUGGUGGCAUAUCCAAUCCCAGUGGUGGCUUUGGUGGCAUAUCCAAUCCCAGUGGUGGCUUUGGGGGCAGAAAUAGCAUUACUUUUGGGAGUGUACCCAACACCUCUGCCAACUUCAGCAGUGCACCGAGCAUUAGCUUUGGUGACACACCUAACACUAGCACCAGUUUCAGUGGCGGAGCCAACAGUAGCUUCAGUGGCACACCUAGUACUAGUGCCCCUUUCUGUAACACAGCAAGCAUUAGCUUUGGUGGUGCACCCAGCACUAGCACCAGCUUUAGCACAGCGAGCAUUAGCUUUGGUGGUGCACCCAGCACUAGCACCAGCUUAAGCACAGCAAGCAUUAGCUUUGGUGGUGCACCUAGCACUAGCACCAGCUUCAGCACAGCGAGCAUUAGCUUUGGUGGUGCACCCAGCACUAGCACCAGCUUAAGCACAGCAAGCAUUAGCUUUGGUGGUGCACCCAGCAUUAAUAGUAGUAGUGGUGGAUCCAGCGUUAGCUUUGGUGGUGCUCCUACCACCAGUACCAGUUUCAGUGGUGGACCCUGUAUUAGUUUUGGUGGUGCACCUUGUACCACUGCCAGUAUUAGUGGUGGAGCCAGCUCUGGCUUUGGAAGCACGCUUUGCAGUACCAACCCUGGCUUUAGUGCACUCAGCACAAACACCAGCUUCGGCAGUGCACCAACUACAAGCACUGUGUUCAGUGGUGCAGUUAGUACCACCACUGGCUUUGGAGGCACACUUAGCACCAGUGUCUGCUUUGGUAGUUCUCCCUACUCUGGCGCUGGCUUUGGAGGCACACUUAGUACCAGUAUCUCCUUUGGUGGUUCUCCUAGCACCAAUACUGGUUUUGGUGGUACACUCAGCACCAGUGUUUCCUUCGGUGCUUCUUCUAGCACCAGCUCUGACUUUGGUGGCACACUAAGCACUAGUGUCAGCUUUGGUGGCUCUUCUGGUGCCAAUGCUGGCUUUGGCGGUACACUCAACAGCAGUACCAGCUUUGGCGGUGCCAUCAGCACCAGCACUGGCUUUGGCAGUGCACUCAAUAACAGUGCCAACUUUGGUGGUGCCAUAAGUACCAGCUUUAGUGGUGUACUCAAUAGCAGUGCCAGCUUUGGUGGUGCCAUCAACACCAGUGCUGGCUUCGGCAGUACACUCAACAGCAGUGCCAGCUUUGGCAGUGCACUCAGCACCAGUGCCAGCUUUGGUGGUGUACUCAAUGGCAGUGCUGGCUUUGGUGGUGCCUUGAACACCAAUGCCACCUUUGGUGGUGUACUCAAUGGCAGUGCUGGCUUUGGUGGUGCCAUGAACACCAAUGCCACCUUUGGUGGUGCACUGAAUAGUAAUGCCGGCUUUGGCGGUGCCAUCAGUACGAGUACCAACUUCGGUGGUGCACUGAAUAACAGUGCUGGCUUUGGCGGUGCCAUGAACACUAGUGCCAGCUUUGGUGGUGCACUGAAUAACAGUGCUGGCUUUGGCGGUGCCAUCAGUACGAAUGCCACCUUUGGUGGUGCACUGAAUAACAGUGCUGGCUUUGGUGGUGCCAUCAGUACGAAUGCCACCUUUGGUGGUGCACUGAAUAACAGUGCUGGCUUUGGUGGUGCCAUCAGUACGAGUGCCAGCUUCGGUGGUACACUGAAUAACAGUGCUAGCUUUGGCGGUGCCAUCAACACUAGUGCCAGCUUCGGUGGUGUACUGAAUAACAGUGCUGGCUUUGGCGGUGCCAUCAACACCAGUGCCAACUUUGGUGGCGCACUGACUAACAGUGCUGGCUUUGGCGGUGCCAUCAGUACGAGUGCCAGCUUUGGUGGUGCACUGAAUAACAGUGCUGGCUUUGGUGGUGCCAUCAGUACGAGUGCCAGCUUUGGUGGUGCACUGAAUAACAGUGCUGGCUUUGGCGGUGCCAUCAGCACCAAUGCCAGCUUUGGUGGAGCAAUCAGCAACAGUCCUGACUUUGGUGGUGCAUUCAGUACCAGUGUUGGCUUUGGUGGCACACUUAAUACCACUGACUUUGGUAGUACCCAUAGCAACAGCAUUAGCUUUGGCAGUGCUCCCACUACCAGCGUUAGCUUUGGUGGGUCUCAUAGCACUAACCUCUGUUUCGGUGGAGCACCCAGCACCAGUCUCUGUUUUGGCAGUGCAUCUAACACCAACCUAUGCUUUGGAGGCUCUAACAGCACCAACUGCUUUAGUGGUGCUACCAGUGCCAAUUUCAAUGAGGGGCACAGCAUCAGUUUUGGGAAUGGGCUAAGUACCAGUGCUGGAUUUGGAAAUGGGCUGGGCACCAGUGCUGGCUUUGGCAGCAGCCUUGGUACCAGCACUGGCUUUGGUGGAAGCUUAGGCCCCAGUGCUAGCUUCAAUGGUGGCCUGGGCACCAGCACUGGCUUUGGCGGUGGACUAGGCACCAGCACGGAUUUCAGUGGUGGACUAAAUCAUAAUGCUGACUUCAAUGGAGGACUGGGUAACAGUGCUGGCUUCAAUGGUGGACUAAACACUAACACUGAUUUUGGUGGUGAACUGGGCACUAGCGCUGGCUUUGGUGAUGGACUGGGCAGCAGCACCAGCUUUGGUGCAGGACUGGUCACUAGUGAUGGCUUUGCUGGUAACCUGGGCACCAAUACUGGUUUUGGUGGCACACUUGGCACUGGUGCAGGCUUUAGUGUAAGCCUCAACAAUGGCAAUGGCUUUGGCAAUGGGCCUAAUGCCAGCUUCAACAGAGGACUGAAUACCAUCAUUGGCUUUGGCAGUGGUUCCAACACCAGCAAUGGCUUUACUGGUGAACCCAACACUGGCUCCAGCUUCAGUAAUGGACCCAGUUCUAUUGUUGGCUUUAGUGGUGGACCAAGCACUGGUGCUGGCUUCUGCAGUGGACCAAGCACUGGUGGCUUCGGUGGUGGACCAAGUACAGGACCUGGCUUCGGUGGACCAAGUACAGGACCUGGCUUCGGUGGACCAAGCACUGGAGGUGGCUUUGGAGGACCAAAUACUGGAGGUGGCUUUGGAGGACCAAGCACUGGAGGUGGCUUUGGAGGACCAAGCACUGGAGGUGGCUUCGGAGGACCAAGCACUGGAGGUGGCUUCGGAGGACCAAGCACUGCAGCUGGCUUUGGUAGUGGACUGAGCACCAGCACUGGCUUUGGUGGUGGACUGAAUACCAGUGCUGGAUUCAGUGGUGGACCGCCAAGCACCGGUACUGGCUUUGGUGGUGGAGCCUCUAGCCAUGGUGGCUGUGGCUUCCCUUACGGCUAGUGAAGAUUCAGGCUUGUUCCCCCUGUUUACAGAUAACGCUAACUGCAACAAUACUUCCCAUGGAGCCAAUGUGCAGCUUUGGAAUUGUUGUCCACGCAGCAGCCUGAGCACUAUUACCCAUCAGCUGAGUGAAACACUGAAAAAUCUGCUGUUCCUGCUUUGUGUUUGCUUCCUGUGUUGUUGUCAUAUUUUGGUAUUAGAGUUACAUUAAAUUUGCCAAAGGAACCUGAGCUUAUUCUGUCCUUUAAUGUGACUGCAUGUGAUGUUUUGGGUUCAUAGAACAGCUAGGGUUCAACUUAACUUUUUGGGAACCAUGGGGCUCCAGCUAAAAGGCAGGCAUUUCUCAGAGUCAGAGAGCUCUGGGAAAGUGUUCUCUGGUAGGCCAAGGGAUAAUAGCUUGAGCAAAGAUAUGGAAGCGGGAAGCCUAAGGUAUAGGGCAAAUAGAAAGUAAACUCAUAUUAAUUUUGGGUAGUUGUGUAAGAAUAUAGGGAUAAGAAGGGAAGAAACUAGGAAUUGACCUGGGAGCAAGAGGGCAUUUUCUUGGGAUAGGAAAGAAAACAUAGUAUGGUGUGUAGGGCCUAGAUCAAUUGAGAGACUGGGGACUGGUAUGGAAGAUAAGUAUGAGAUGGAGCUAGAGAGAUGGCUCCGUGGUUAAGAGCACUGACAGCUCUUCCAAAGGUUCUGAGUGGCUCACAACCAUCUGUAAUGGGAUCUGAUGCCCUUUUCUGUGUGUCUGAAGACAGCUACAGUGUACUCCUAAUAAAUAAAUAAAUAAAUAAAUAAAUAAAUAAAUAAAUAAAGUGUGAGAUGGUGGAAAGGGUAA